AUGGGUCUGAUGCAGCUUGAGUUCCAACUUUGUCUCCUGCUGCUGCUGGGACUUGUCCUAUUGCUUGCCUCAUGCCAGCCACCAACCCCUUUCCAGUGGUUUAACAUCCAGCAUAUCAACAACCAUUCCCAAUGUGAUGAUGCAAUGCAGGUCAUUAACAGUUAUACAGAAAGAUGUAAGGACAUGAAUACAUUUCUUCACACAACUUUUGCUGAUGUUGUUGGUGUGUAUAGAAAUCCACCUACAAACUGCAAAGAUGGGACAAAUAAUUGUCAUAAUAGCUCAUCUCAGGUACCUGUAACCAUCUCCGGCAAGAGCCAAUGGAGAUACCAAACAACCAGAGCAACGAUGUCCUACACAAUUGCCUGUGAAAACAGAACCCCACAGGACAGCCCCACCUAUCCAGUGGUUCCGGUUCACUUGGAUAGGACGUUUUGGCUCCAGUACCAGCACUUUGUACCUUCACUCCUCUGCUACUGCCAAGAUCAUAGCAGUGAAGAACCAAUUCCUCUCUGGGCUGCAUAUCAGCACCUGUCCUCAUGA